GCCCACAUAUGUAAACAUGCGAUCUGAUCUACAAGCUUGUGGUGUUAAAACAGAGCACUUGAUAUCGUGUUUCCGUUUAACGGGAUUGUGUGAUAAUUCGUAGUUUGACAUUUCCUCAUUUGUGAGUCAUUUCUGAGCCCUAGAAGCGAAUUUCAAAGUAUUAUAGCUAGCUAGCAAGCUAGCUGGCUAACUGUGGCAGCCAUGCCUGCGCAAACCUUAUUCGUUAAAUCUUUACCAGCUUCAGCUUCAAAUGAACGCCUGGAGGAAAUAUUCUCAGAAAUUGGCCCGGUAAAGCAAUGCUUUGUCGUCAAAGAGAAAGGCGCAGAAAAAUGCCGUGGAUUUGGCUAUGUCACAUAUUCAAUGGAGGAAGAUGCUCAGCGAGCUUUGACAGAAAUAAAAGAUUACGAUGGAAAGAAACUUUUUGUUUCACUAGCCAGGAAGAAAAUAAAAGAAAAGAAGAAAAAAGGACAUCAAGAGGAAACAGCGCCACCUAAAGACAACGAGCAGAAAACAAAAGGCUUUAGGAAAAAAAAUCUAAAGUCAAGACUCAUCAUAAGGAAUCUAAGUUUUAAGUGCUCAGAAGAUGAUCUGAAGCAAACUUUUGCCAAAUUUGGAACCGUUCUUGAGUCAAAAAUUCCUCUCAAACCAGAUGGGAAGAUGCGAGGUUUUGCAUUUGUCCUUUUUAAAAAUGUGUCUGAGGCUGCAAGAGCGCUUAAUGCUAUGAACCUAAAGGAGAUUAAAGGCCGACAGGUAGCCGUCGACUGGGCUGUGCCCAAGGACAAGUUCAUGGCCACACAGCAAUCUACAUCUGCAACAAAUAAGAAUAUUGAGGAGACAAACACCAUACAGUCGGACACAGAGAGUGACUCUGAAGAAGAGGAGGAAGAGACAACACAAGCAACACCUAAACAGAGGAAAGUCACUGCAAAACCAGCUGUGCAGGAGGAAGAGGAAUCUCAAUCAGAAGAUGAAGAUGACAGUGACGACCAGGACAGUGAAGAGGAUGAUGAUGAUGUGUCUCAGGAAGGAGGAGAAGGAAGUGUGGAAGGGGAGGAUGAUGAUGAUGAUGAUGAUGAUGAUGAAGAUGAAGAUAAUGAUGAUGACAACGAGGAUGAUAGUGACAAUGAAGACGACAGUCAGGAUGAGGAGGAUGAUGAUGACCAAACAGUGAAAAAGAAAACACCAAAGAAACUUCUCCCAUCAGAUGUACAGGAAGGCAGAACAGUUUUCAUCAGGAACCUUUCCUUUGACACAGAGGAGGAGGGUCUUGAGGAAGUUCUCCUUCGCUACGGAGAGCUCAACUACAUAAAGAUUGUUGUCCACCCAGAAACAGAACAUUCAAAAGGUUGUGCAUUUGCUCAGUUUAAGACUAAAGAAGCUGCAGACAAAUGCAUAGCUGCAGCACAGGAUGAAGCAGAGAAUGGUGGCAUUCGUGUGGAUGGCAGAAAGCUGUUUAUUGUGGCAGCGGUGAGCAGAGAAGAUGCUGCCAAACUCAAAGUUAACAAAGUGAAAGUAGAAACAGGCACCAGGAACCUGUACCUCGCCAGAGAGGGCUUGAUCCGUGCUGGCACUAAGGCUGCCGAGGGUGUGCCAGAAGCAGACAUGAGCAAAAGAACCAGAUUUGAAGAAAUAAAGAGGACGAAACUUCAGAAUAUCAAUGUGUUUGUGUCAAAAACUCGUCUCUGUGUCCAUAACCUGCCCAAAUCAGUGGACAAUAAAAAGCUCAGAGCACUCUGCCUCCAAGCUGUGAAAGAUUGCAAGGGAGUCCGCAUCACAGAGUGUCGGGUGAUGUAUGACAAGAAGCCUCAGAAGGGUCAGGUGAUGGGACAAUCUUUAGGUUAUGGUUUUGUUCAGUUCCAGGAGCAUGAGCACACUCUCAACACACUUCGGUACCUCAACAACAACCCUGACAUCUUUGGACCAAACAAGAGACCUAUCGUUGAGUUCUCUCUGGAGGAUUCAAGGAAACUAAAAAUAAAAGAAAUCCGACAACAGAAAAGCAAGCAGUUUUCAAAAACGUAUAAAGGAGGAGCCAAACCUCAACCUCACACAGCAGCAGAUGGAAAAGGACCUAAAAAAGGAGGAAAUCAAGUACAUUCCUCUUCGGAGCAGAGCGAAAGCCAGAGAGCUCCUCCUCAGCACCAGAGGAAAGAUAGAAACUAUUUUGGCUUCCAGACCAAUGCAGAGGUUGAGCGUGUAGAUUUGGAAAAUGGAAAGAAACGGAAAAAGGUGUUACCUUUUCCUUCCCACCGUGGUCCCAAAAUCAGAGCACGCGACAAAGGAAAACAAAAGGCCCCACCACCAAAUAAAGGAAGGCCUGGAUCCAGCAGGAAAGAUCGUCAGAGAUGGCAGAGGGAGAAGCCCACGCUGCAAAGGAACCAGAAGGUUAAACCAGCAAAGAAGCAAUUCAAGAGGAGGGACGGGGACCGCUUUGACAGCCUGGUGGAGCAGUACAAGAAGAAACUGAUGGGUAACAGUGACAAGAGCACCAAUAUGAAAAGAAACAAGUGGUUUGACAGUUAAUUCUGUCGCUUUGUGUGCUGCUGUGUUUGUGAGGGAGUGGAAAGAGAGGUCCUCUGUAUUUGACACCCUUAGGUGUCAUGUAGUUUUUGUGAUAUUGUACAGGAUUUGUUGCCCAUGUGUCAGACUUCACUGUCAUUUAAAGUCUGUAAUUCUCCCCGUCCUCUCUUUCAUCAGUUCAAAACUAAUGCUUAGUUUUUAUUACAACAUGAAACUGAAUAAUCUAAAUAUAAUUAUGGUUUAUGUACAUGACCUUUUAUAAAAAUACACCAGAACCCUUGGUUUUGUAUUUUAUUGUGAAUGUUGCAGUUUUAUAUUAAAUCCAUAUGUGAUAAAUUCA